AUGAACAUUCGAUUUGGGGAAUCCGUACAUUCUCCGGAGCUGGAUAGACUUCGUGAUAUAUGUGGCACUGUGACAGACAGUCUGCCGGAUGAAUUCCCAUCAACUUCGAGACCUCGCCAUGAGUCUCUUCCCUCUGUAGCUGUUGAGCCAAUAGAGCCGUAUGCCACGAAUGGGGAAUCUAUGUUUCACUUGUCGGAGGAUGAUGUUGCUCUUUUCACUUCGGGCUACGAGAGCAGUCAUCGGUCAUUUCUUGAGCGUGGUUAUGCCGCUAGGCGGAUUGCAGGUGCUUCGAAGUUGCGGAUGGCAGUUUCCCUAAAUAGUAUCCAUAUGGUGGAACUUCUCCUGAUGAAAGGAGUCAAUCCAAAUAAUCAGGAUGAUAAGGGACGAUCUCCAUUACAUUUGGCUGCUGCGCGAGGUUUCGGAGAAGUUGUGGAGCUUUUAUUGAGAAAUGGAGCCGAUCCCAAUAUUGAAGAUUGUCGAGGAAACAUUCCGCUUCAUCUAGCCGUUUGCAACAGUUCAAUACGGGCUGUGACUGCUUUGUGUGUUGCUGGGUCAGAUGUUUUGCAUCGAGGUAAAGAUGGCACAACCCCCAUUGAAUUGAGCUUAUCACGAUUACAAGCUGUGCGAAAGAGUGCGACGGUAUCCGAGGCGCGAAAGGUUGCAUACGAGCAGAGUGGACUGAAGCACUUCUCCGCUGCGCCAAAACCCAUGGAAAAAGUGAAAAAUGAUCUUGAGGCCGUGUUAGGAAACCUGAGCCUUUCAGAUUCGGUCGAGGAUGGAUUCGAAUCCCAACUGGAUGGAUUGCUAACUGCACUUUCAGGAUUAUCAGUUGAUCCCGGUGAAAGCCAGUCCGUCACGUCUCAAAAUUCUGGUGAGGCUGGUGAUAUUGAAGGUGCGAUGCAAAUGGCUGAGUGA